AGUGUUCGCCCAGUGCUGAGUCUGACUCUGCCACGUUGCCGCGGGCGCCGCUUCUUCUCACCGCCAGGGACCGAAGCAGCCACUCACCGGCGUUUAUACCGCAGACAAAGAGCGCUGAUGUCUUAAAAUACACGGGAAAAAGAGAAUAGACAGGCGGUACUUGUGGGAGCUUUAGAAGGAGUCGAGAUGCUGACGGACGUGAUAGUAGAGGAGGAUUUUGACCGCAGUGAGGAGGAGCUGUGGUACAGCAGAAAAGACCUGGAGCACGAUCUGCACUUGGCUGCUGAGCUGGGCAAGACUCUGCUGGACAGGAACCAUGAGCUGGAGCAGGGCCUUCAGCAGAUGUACUCCACCAAUCACGAGCAGCUGCAGGAGAUCGAGUAUCUGACCAAGCAGGUGGAUCUCCUGCGGCAGAUGAACGACCAGCACGCCAAAGUGUACGAGCAGCUGGACUUGGCUGCUCGAGACCUGGAGAAGAGCAACCAGCGGCUGGUGCUGGAGAACCGCACGUCCCAGCACAGGAUCCAGAGCCUGACGGAGACCAUCGAUGGCCUGCAGGCUCAUAUGGAGAGCCUCCAGAAGCAGGUGGACGAGCUGAAGGCGUCCCAGUCCAGGAGGGAUUUCACAGCGGCACGCCGAGCCCUCGGGGCCCAGAGCAUGUCCUGCCUGAAGGAAAUCUACGAUCUGCAGCAAGACAAGAGCUGGACCUCAGAGGGUCUGCAUGAGGAGCGGUCGUGGCCUGUGCUUAGUGAGCGGUGUGUAGAGGAGGAAGAGGAGACCUCUACCCUUCAGCACAGCCUCCACAAGCUGAAGCAGCAGCUGGCGACGGAGCGAGCCCGACGGGUGGAGGCAGAGCGAGAGACUGAGCUGACUGUUCUGGAGAACAGUGCUCUGGAGGACCGCCUGAGCCUGCUGGAGGGAGCCCGCCGCAGACAGGCGGAGCUGGAGGCCGAGGUGGAGGAGCUGCGUCUGCUGUGGCGCUCCGAGUCUUCCAGCUCCAGACUGACCGACACGCUGCUGCCUGACAGUGUUUUCUUCAGUGCAGAGGAGCGGCUGGGGGUGGAGCCUGAAUGUGAGGAGGAGGCGGAGUUUCCUCAGGGGCGCUGCCGCUGCAGCAGUGAUAGUUACGUCAGAGGAGCUCGAGCGGAGGAGAUCCGGCGUGGACACGAGCGCUCCUGCAUUCGCAGAGCUCAGGCCGUCAAGCAGCGCGGCAUCUCUCUGCUCAAUGAGGUGGACGCUCAGUACAGCGCCCUGCAGCUCAAAUACGAGGAGCUGCUGCGCCGCUGCCAGCACGGGGCCAACAGCCUCAGCCAUAAAGCCGUCCAGACGCCCAAAUCCCAGAGCUGCUCCGCCACAGACACCGCCUGCCUCUCCGACCAGCUCCAUCAGCCCGAGUACAAAGCCCUGUUCAAAGAGAUCUUCACCUGCAUUCAGAAGACCAAAGAGGACCUGAGUGAGAACAGGGCUUUGCAGGCCCAGUAAGGUGUGGCUGUUUUAAAGGGGGAGUUCACCCAAAAUUCUGAUGAAAUUCUGUCACCAUUUACUCAUCAUUUGCUUGUUGCAAAACGGUUUGGGUUUCUUUCCUCUGUUGAACACUAAGGAAGAUGAACUGAAGAGUGCUGAACAGAAAAGAGGAUAUCUUGAAGAAUGCUGGGAAAACAUCCAUUGACAUCCAUAGUAUUUGUUUGUUCCUACUAUGGAUGCCAAUGGCUGCUUUUUCCCAACAUUUUUCUUGUUUUGCGUUCAACAGAAGAAGCACUUGAGUAAAUUAUGAGUAAAUGGUCAUUGUUUUUGGGUGAUCUGUCCCUUUAAGUUGAGUGUAGUGACUUUGCACUUGCUAAUGUGAUUUAACAGUGUGUUUGUGUGUGUGUCUAUUGCACUAUAACAGCUGUGCCUAUACACAGUAUACAACACCAAACCGUCCACAUCCAGAACCUGAAUGGUCUGAAUGGGGUUUUUCUACUUUUAUACGUCUUACUCUAAUGAACGACACACACAAGCUGUGUGAAUCAGCCAUACCAGACGCCUGAGAUACAUCAGGUUUGGAGGAAGACUAUUGUUAUUAGUACUAACAACUACAUAACACAGUUAUGGAACUAACUUGAUGUACAUGAUAUACCAUAAUAUUGGUGAACCUCACACAAGCUGCUAAAAUGAGGUUUUACAUCGAAAAAUACAACAAAAACAACAAAAAAGCAAUUGACAUUGUAAAUUUGAGCCAGUUUUUUAGGAAAAUUUAACGUUUUUGUUGUUGUGUUUGAAAUUACACGUUAUCUUCAUGACGAAUGCCCCUAGUGCUGUGGCAAUCAUUUGGAGGAAUGGAUUUUACGAUUGCGAAGUGCAUUUCUAUUCUAUCUUGAAUCGGCUCUGAGCUUAGUUUUCAACAGCAGAUGGCACUCUAGGCUAGUAUUUAGCAGCAGACAGGCUAGCUAUAGCAACACACGGCAUUCUGGACUAAUUUUGAAAAGCCUAGAGCACCCUCUAAUGUUAAAAAUUAGCCUACAUUUCCCAUCUAUUGUUAAAAACUAGCCUAAAUCGCUGUCUAAUUUUACAAACUAGCCUAUCUGCUAUAGCCAAAAUUGCCAUUUAAUGUUAAAAACUAGCAAAUGCUGUUAAAAACUAGCCUAAAUCGCCAUCUUAUGUUAAGAAUUAGCCUAAAGCCCCUUCUAUUGUUUACAACUAGCCUAAAUCGCUGUCUAAUGUCAAAAACUAGCCAUCUGCCGUUAAACAAGCCUAGAGUCCAAUCUAUUGUUAAAAAAAUAGCCUAAGUUGCCAUUGCUAAUGUUAAAACUAGCCUAUCUAAUGUUAAAAACUAGCCUAGAUCGCAGUCUGCUGUAAAACAAAUUGCCUAGAGUGCCAUCUACUGUUUAAAAAAAAUUAGUCUAGAGUGCCUUCUACUGUUAAUCUAACAUUAAAAAACUAGCCUAGAGUGCCAUCUAGUGUUAAAAAUUAGCCUAGAGCACCACCUAAUGAUUAAAAACUAGCAUAGAGCACCAUGUUUUUUAAAAACUA